CCGGCUCCUGUGCGCUGCCCUCCCGCCGCGGGUGGGCUCCGCAACCCACGACCAACCGCGGCCCCUGCCGCGGCCCCAUUCUCCACCUCUCCUCCGCGGGGAAAGCCCAGUCUUUGUAGCCAAUCCCGGGGGCUCCUUUGCGGAGCUGGUUAGGACACCUAACUUUGCCUCCUUGACCGUCGCCCCCGCUGGGAACGAACCUGUUCACUGCCGGGCCCGCCGCGCGCCCGGGGACGGUGAGUCUACCGUUCAAGCCGGCGCCCCAAGCCCGGAGCGCAGCAAGUGGGGUGCGGCUCUGGGGAAGUGGUAGGGGGCGGCGGCGUCAUCGGCUGCUGCCUCUACUUUCCUCGUCCGGUGCUGAAGAAGACCCAAAGACCUCUCCGGGGCUCCAGGCGCUGGGUAACUGGCACGAGGAGCGCGCAUCGCACCUGUGUUGUGUGAGAGCUGGGCUUGAGUGAGCAGAUGACUGUGGAUCCUUAGUGGGAUACAUGAUCCAAGGAACGCUCCAGCCUUUUCCUCCUCGGCACUUUGCCCACAUGACGGGAGGACAAGCUUCUGGUUAGAAGACAAGUGCCAGAGUCACAGCCCCCCUGCCCACCAUGAAGGGAACCUGUGUCAUCGCGUGGCUGUUCUCCAGCCUGGGGUGGUGGAGACUCGCCCAGCCCGAAACAGACGCUUCUCAGUGCCAGAGAGCGGAGCACCCGGUCAUUUCCUAUAAAGAAAUUGGCCCCUGGUUACGGGAGUUCAGAGCGAAGAAUGCUGUGGAUUUCUCGCAGUUAACAUUUGACCCAGGACAGAAAGAACUUGUUGUAGGAGCAAGAAACUACCUCUUCAGAUUACAGCUUGAGGAUUUGUCUCUGAUCCAGGCUGUGGAGUGGGAGUGUGACGACGCGACCAAGAAGGCCUGUUACAGUAAGGGCAAGUCGGAGGAUGAAUGUCAGAACUAUAUCCGGGUGCUUUUGGUGGGAGGUGACCGGUUAUUUACCUGUGGGACCAACGCUUUCACACCUGUGUGCACCAACCGCACGUUGAAUAACCUGACUGAGAUCCAUGAUCAGAUCAGUGGCAUGGCCCGCUGUCCCUACAGUCCCCAGCACAACUCCACGGCUCUCCUGACAGCCAGUGGGGAGCUGUACGCUGCUACAGCCAUGGAUUUCCCGGGGCGCGAUCCCGCCAUCUACCGGAGUCUGGGCGUGUUACCUCCUCUCCGCACCGCCCAGUACAACUCCAAGUGGCUCAAUGAACCAAACUUUGUGUCCUCGUAUGACAUCGGGAAUUUCACCUACUUCUUCUUCCGAGAAAAUGCCGUGGAGCACGACUGCGGGAAAACCGUGUUCUCCAGAGCGGCGCGGGUCUGCAAGAACGACAUCGGCGGGCGCUUCCUGCUGGAGGACACCUGGACCACCUUCAUGAAGGCCCGCCUGAACUGCUCCCGCCCCGGCGAGGUCCCCUUCUACUACAACGAGCUGCAGAGCACGUUCUUCCUGCCCGAGCUGGAUCUGCUCUACGGCAUCUUCACCACCAACGUGAACAGCAUCGCUGCGUCGGCCGUGUGCGUCUUCAACCUGAGCGCCAUCUCGCAGGCCUUUAAUGGACCCUUCAAGUACCAGGAGAACUCACGCUCUGCCUGGCUGCCGUACCCCAACCCCAACCCCAACUUCCAGUGCGGCACGGUGGACCAGGGGAUGUACGUGAACCUGACAGAGAGGAACCUGCAGGAUGCUCAGAAGUUCAUACUGAUGCACGAGGUGGUGCAGCCGGUGACUGCAGUGCCCUCCUUCAUGGAGGACAACAGCCGCUUUUCCCACCUGGCCGUCGACCUGGUGCAGGGCAGGGACGCCCUCAUCCACACCAUCUACUUGGCCACAGACUACGGCACCAUUAAGAAGGUGCGCGCACCCCUGACUCAGACCUCGGGUAGCUGUUUGCUGGAAGAAAUCGAACUCUUCCCCGAGCGGCAGAGGGAGCCCAUCAGGAGCCUGCAGAUCCUCCACAGCCAGAGCGUCCUGUUCGUGGGCCUGCGGGAGCACGUGGCCCGGAUCCCACUGAGGAGGUGCCACUUCCACCUCACGCGCAGUGCCUGCAUCGGGGCCCAGGAUCCUUACUGUGGCUGGGACGUGGUGAUGAAGAAAUGCACGAGCCUGGAGGAGAGCCUGAGCAUGACUCAGUGGGAGCAGACCAUCUCUACCUGUCCUACGAGGAAUCUCACUGUGGAUGGGCACUUUGGCGCGUGGUCCCCAUGGACGCCCUGCACACACACGGAUGGCAGCACCGUGGGAACCUGCCUCUGUCGCGCCCGCUCCUGCGACAGCCCGGCCCCCCAGUGUGGCGGCUGGCAGUGCACGGGCCCUCGCAUGGAGAUCACCAACUGUUCCAGGAACGGAGGCUGGACCCCCUGGACCUCCUGGUCUCCCUGCAGCACCACCUGUGGGAUCGGCUUCCAGGUGCGCCAGCGGUCCUGCAGCAACCCCACACCCCGGCACGGGGGCCGCGUGUGUGUGGGACAGAACCGCGAGGAGAGAUACUGCAAUGAGCACCUGCUGUGCCCCCCACACGUGUUCUGGACAGGCUGGGGUCCUUGGGAACGGUGCACAGCCCAGUGCGGGGGCGGCAUUCAAGCUCGCCGCAGGACUUGCGAGAAUGGGCCCGACUGCGCGGGCUGCAAUGUGGAGUACCAGCCUUGUAAUACCAACCCAUGCCCUGAGCUGAAGAAGACCACGCCCUGGACACCCUGGACACCCGUCAACAUCUCUGACAACGGGGGCCACUAUGAGCAGCGAUUUCGAUACACAUGCAAAGCCCGCCUUCCUGAUCCAAAUUUGCUGGAAGUGGGAAGACAGAGAAUUGAAAUGCGGUACUGCUCUAGUGACGGAACCAGCGGCUGCUCCACGGAUGGCCUUUCUGGUGAUUUCCUGCAUGCCGGGAGGUACUCUGCCCACACCGUCAACGGGGCUUGGUCAGCCUGGACAUCGUGGUCACAGUGCAGCCGCGACUGUAGCAGGGGCAUUCGGAACCGGAAGCGGGUUUGCAACAACCCUGAGCCCAAGUACGGGGGCAUGCCCUGCCUGGGCCCAUCCCUGGAGUACCAGGAGUGCAACAUUUUGCCCUGUCCAGUGGAUGGCAUGUGGUCUUGCUGGUCCCCCUGGUCAAAAUGCUCAGCGACGUGUGGUGGUGGACACUAUAUGAGGACCCGCUCGUGCACAAACCCCGCCCCAGCCUACGGCGGAGACAUCUGUCUAGGGCUGCACACUGAGGAGGCACUCUGCAACACGCAGCCCUGCCCGGAGAGCUGGUCGGAGUGGUCAGACUGGUCUGAGUGUGAUGUAUCCGGAGUCCAGGUCCGUGCCCGCCAGUGCAUCCUGCUGUUCCCUGUGGGCAGCCAGUGUUCUGGAAACACCACCGAGAGCCGGCCAUGUAUUUUUGAUUCCAAUUUCAUCCCAGAAGUAUCUGUGGCUAGAUCCAGUAGCGUAGAAGAGAAAAGGUGUGGAGAGUUCAACAUGUUCCACAUGGUCGCUGUGGGGCUGAGCAGCUCCAUCCUGGGCUGCCUGCUUACACUCCUCGUCUACACUUACUGCCAGCGGUACCAGCAGCAGUCUCACGAUGCCACUGUCAUCCACCCCAUUGCACCUGCCCCUCUCAACACCAGCAUAACCAACCACAUCAACAAACUGGACAAGUAUGACUCUGUGGAGGCCAUCAAGGCAUUUAAUAAAAACAACUUAAUCCUAGAGGAAAGAAACAAAUACUUCAACCCACAUCUCACUGGGAAGACUUAUUCUAAUGCCUACUUUACAGAUCUCAAUAAUUAUGAUGAGUACUAAUAGUGCUUAUAUUUUGGCUUCUUGUAAUUCCCCAGUUCCUCAAGGCCUGUGAUCCAUGACUGCCCAUGUUUCUGAGACUUCAGAGAUGAAGUUUGGAUACAUUUCAAGUGCAUUUCAAGCUAAGAGUGUCCCAUUGCUACCAAAAACAGACAUCCUUAAAGUUAACAAAGUCUAAAUAGGACAUUGUGAAAAUCUGGUCUAUAAUAUCUGAUCAUUGUUGAAUGAGCCAUGGUGUGGAUUUUUAUUAUUAUUAUUAUUGCAUUCAGUCCAUUUUUCUAACAAGUCAAUUGUUUCCUUGAGCUUUUUGAUAAAUGUACCACCUACAUUGGAAGGAGUCUUUAGAACUAGCAGCCUCUUCUUGCUCUUGAGCAUAAAUCUUCAUGUGUUUCAAUUCAACAGUCACUUUAUAUGAGAGAGCUCUUACUAACACACACGCACAUGGAAGGCUUAGGUCCAUCAUAUUGAUAAAAUGAAGAGUGUGAACGUGGCCAUGCAGUGAUUCACCAUGGAGCGCCCAUCUUCCCAAUCUGGAGAAUACUGUGGAAUUCUUAGAAGCAACUUGUGUGUGGAUAUGAAAUGAUUUUUGCCUGAGGAAGCCCAGGAUGCAACCUGGCUUGUAUCUAUAGAGGUGAUUUAUGAAGCCCAAGAUACUCCACUCUUGGUCUUGAUGCAGUUCCUGUGUUACCACUCAGGUAAAUGGAAAGAGCAGAGGCACAGACACCACAAAGGGGAAGAUAUUCCGUGGUUGCUGUGAAACUGGCCUUAUUCUGACUCCUGAUUUCAUGCCAUUCCAGGGAGCUCCUGGUCACACAGUUGGCCUGGAUGCCUACCUGUCUCGUCCAUCAUACUGUCCUGAAGAGCCGGUCUGUAAAAUAAUCAUUUGUUUAGCAUUUGGGUAGACUCUACACCUCCUUUCUCCCUGCAAAGAAAAAGUCUUGAACAUUAAUGAUGCCACUGAAGAAAGUAUUGAAAGUACUGAAAGAGAAUUAAAAACAACUGUUUUGUAAUUUACUAUGUUAUGGAAAGUAACGAGAGAACUGAUGUUUAAUGAAAGCCAGCUUUUAUUUCCCAUCUUUCUGAUAGAACUAAUGUGUGGCCAUAUGCCCCUACCAAGAGCAUUAAUGAUAUGUAAAACUCGCUUCUGCUGCCCAUCGCUGUACAUGGUGAGCUGCUGCCUGCCUCUGGGCCAGGUGAGGAGGAGAGUUUAGCUCUGGUGCCUUUUGGUUUUAAUCUAGUGUUGCCUUCCCAUCCACAAACUCCUACUGCUCCCUGCAUGGAGGCGACAGCAUUUCAAGAUGUACCUUGAGAAAUCAGCGUAUCUGGAAGUAAGGUUUUUAAUGAUCCUUGUGGUCCUGAGCAUUUCAGAGUGCUAUACGAUUCAUAGUGGUCCCCAGUAGGAAAAACAAAAAAGAAGAUAAAUUAUUAACCAACAACUGAUACAUAACAUAUGACAAUUGUUUGGAUAAUUAUUGAAAGUAGAAACAAGAUUGAAAGUCUUCACCUAAUGCCUCAGGGCGUUGUGAUAAAGGUGUGGGUGGACAUUGAAAAAUGUUGUUAUUGAUCAACAAAUCUUCAGAUCUGUGCAUCUGUGAAAAUGUAUUAUAUGGGCACUGAGGAACAUAGACUUAUUAGCAUAUGUGUGUUUUUUUCCCUAUCCAAUUUGAAGAAAUAGUUUCAUAAAGUGUUGGGAAAAUCUUAAUGUUUGGUAAUAUUAAGUUCAAAAUCUCCUCCUAUCUCCAGAUUUGCAAAAAUGGCUCUAAAAUUAAAAUUUAAAUGGCAGGUGGGCUCUGGGAGGCCUGGUAGAUUGCAAUGGAAUGCUCUUCAGGUCUUUGCAGCAGGGAGUUCAGGUAGUAUCGCCUGCAUUCCUUGUGUGCUGUGUGGAUUGUUCUGUCUCUACUCCAAGUCCACAUUCUGGAGGUACGAUGUAGCCAGAUGGUUUCCAAAUUGUUCCUGGAUUGGACUUUCACUGCAUACUUCAACCCAUAUCAUCACUUUCCUAUAACAAAAAUGUUCUCACUGUGUUUCAUGUUGGCUGCUCUUUUGGAUCCCUGCCCUCAAUAUUUUCUAAGCUUAAAAGGUCAUUCUAGUUCCCCGAGGCAAGGAGGAAACUAAUAUUUCUAAAAAGCAUCACUGGAUUUCAAGGAAAAUGUUUUCUAAAUGACAUCAACUCUGGUCUUGAAUCAAUUUAGUAUAAUGACUGGGGAAAACACCUUUUAUCUACAACAGAAUUUUCAUGUUGUUGAUUAUAUACAUCUUUUCUAUUAUCACUGCAAAGAAAUCCCCUCAUAUCUUUCCCUGGCAUUCUAUUCAAAGAAAAAUCAUUCUGGCUUUUCUGUCUUCUCUCUCUCUUUCUCUCUGUAUCUCUCUUCUUUUUCUCUCUCCCUUCUUUUCACUUAACAGGUGUCAGAUGGUUUAGAACAACUUCAUCUAUAAUCUGUGGAGUGACUUUGCUUUCCUGUCACUGUAGAGCUCUUGCUCAUGUGUAUAUUUCACCUCAUGCCCCGCCUCAUGGCAGGAGGCUUUCACAGGGACAUCUACCACUCCAUGGGGACCUCCUUCCUACGGCAGCUCUUUAGGCUGGAGCAUUUGGGAUUCCUGCCAAACCCUGGGGACACUUGUCGCAUUUUUCAUUUCUGUGUGGCCAUUUUAUUCUCUCUUUUCUUUUUCCUUUUACUGCAAGAAGCACAAUUCUAAAUUAAUACUUGAUGCUGCACCAAGCAAUUGAAUCCCCCUAAAGGAAACUGAUGUCAAAUGACAUUAAUCACAGUUUAAUUUUUAGGAUUAUUUCUGGAUAUAGUUAACGUUUGGCUGGUUUUCAUUAGGAAAUGGCUUUAGUCUCAUUUAAAUUCUUUGCAAGUGGUUCCCAGCAUUGUUUUCUCUAGACUAGUCACCAUCUAUCAACCCUACAGUGCACCAACAUUUUAUAGGAAGGCGAAAAACACAGAAUCUCUAAAAUGACUAUUUCAUACCCCCUCCUUUUUUUAAUCCUCACCCGAGGACAUUUUUUUCCAUUUUUGU